AAAAAAAAAAAAAAAAAAAUUAUAUUUAGGUAUUUUCCAUCUUGAAGACGCAAAUAAUGUAGCGACCGUUGCAGCGAGUCCAACUCCUCCCAUAUCAAUGGCGGAUUCUGCCCUUCAACGAGCUGGCCACUUCGGAUUACUGGAUACUCAUGGAAUAUCAGGGACUGAAACGACAGUUAGAUAAACUCCAAGAGGAGAACAUGAGGAUGAAGGUAGCCCUUAGGCAGCUGAGGACCGAAAACCAACAUCUACUGACUAGAAGCAGAAGAAACACAGUUUCACACUUAAAAUGCUGUUUUGAUGAUCUGGGCUCUGGACAGCACUGCAGUGUGAGUGUGGAACAGGAGCCCAGCACCCUGCAGCAGCAGCCUGAGGCCUUCCGCAUCCAGCUGCUGGGCAAGGACAGCAAGAUGGCGGCUGUGUGCCCGCUGGAGAAGGAGAGGAAGAUGGCGGCUGUGUGCCAGGUGGAGAAGGACAGCAAGAUGGCGGCUGUGUGCCAGGUGGAGAAGGAGAGGAAGAUGGCGGCUGUGUGCCAGCUGGAGAAGGAGAAGAAGAUGGCGGCUGUGUGCCAGGUGGAGAAGGAGAGGAAGAUGGCAGCUGUGUGCCAGCUGGAGAAGGAGAGGAAGAUGGCGGCUCUGUGGCCGGACAGCCCGCAUGCUGGGCUGCAGAAGCUGAAGGGGGCUCUGACAGAGCACCAGGCCCCCCCCUUCCUGAGAACAACGGUCCAGUCCGCGGGCGAUGCUGCUAGCCUGGACACAAAGCAAAACCUCGCACCCCUGAAAAAGCACAUGGGGGUGGACCGUGCCCACCCACUGGAGCCAAUAACCGUGAAGAAAAUCCACAACAACGGCGUCAAAGAGGCGGAGCAGUGUCAGCCACGCCCGCUGCUCUCCUCUCAGCCAAUGGCGGCUCCGGAGGCCGACACGGUCAGCAGCGAAAGGGGCCGGGCCAUUAAGGCUAAUGAGUACAUGGCCUGGUCGAUAGACAGCAUGGGGGACAAUAUCAUGAACUUCUGCAAGGACCUGCUCCUCCGAGCCAAGGCCAAAGAAGCCAACCGCAAGGUGACUGAGAUGAGUGAGAUUAUUUACUACGAGGGCCCUGAAAGACUUCAGGUCCUCCGCUCCACAGAUGCCAGGACUAAUUCUGAAUCUCGCACCCCUGAGUCUCACGCUACUGUAUCCAACCCUGAGCGCACUCUGGACUCAUCCAUCAAACGGAGGAGCAGGCUGCCCUAUCUGAAGAGGCUCCACACCCACAUGGACACGAGUGGCACCCCCUGGUACCCCCACCAGAACACACAGGACCCCAAACUGCUGCCCGAUGAACAAAACAGCCAGCCCUGCAGCCGCAGGAAGACCCAGGGCGUCAUGGAGACCGGCAGAAACGGACAAAAACGCACAAAAUUACGUCUAAAGAGGGUCAAAAAAUCCACAAAGAGCCACACGGCCCACAAUUCUGUUCACAAAACACCCCCAACCUGUGAGCCGAAAGAUGACCCCCCCUGCCCACGCAGGCUCCUCCCCCUCAUGAGGACCUGCAUCCCCCAGACAGAAAGCCCAGGCGAGCCGUCCCAGGGCCCCCCGGGACCCAGCUGCAGGGACCAGGAGCAGCACAGGCCCCUCUCCAAGCCUCAGCUGGCCCUCGACCACACUUUCCAGCUUCUCGGCUCGGACCGCUGGGAGCAGAAGAUAGAGGGUCUGACCCGUAUCCGGAGGCUGGCACAGUGGCACUCGGAUGUCCUUGUGGCCCGUCUCCAUGACGUCUGCAUGGCUGUCAUCCUGGAGGCAGGCUCACCACACACUCUCAGCCUGAAUAUCUCCCACUUCUGCAUUCAUUCCUCAGUGGAGAACCUGAGGUCCCUGGUGUCUCGUGCUGCCGUGGCAACACUGGGAGAACUGUACCUGCACCUGCAGCGCACCAUGGAUACAGAGCUGGAUUGGACCACCAAGGUGCUGCUCCAAAAAGCCGGAGAGUCCAACAGUUUCAUCCGGCAGGAUGUGGGCGUGGCCUUGGGUCACAUGCUGCGCUGCUGCACCCCGUCCCGCAGCAUGAAGGCUCUGCUCAACGGGGGCCUAAGACACCGUAAUGUCGCCGUGAGGGAGUGCGCCGCUCACCAGCUGGAAGCUCUGGUUGAGAGCAUGGGGACGGCUCGCCUGCUCUGCUGCAAAAAGGACAUCAUGAACAGCUUCCUGUCCGCCGUCAGACGAAUGCCACAGGACUCCUCACAGGAAGUCAGAUGCUGUGGUCAACAAAUUAUGGGAAUUUUGAAGGCUCACCAGGACUUUCAGAAGAAGAUGAAAAAGUUUUUCCCUUAAAAUGACUAAUGUCUCAAUUUGAGAUAUUUUAUCUGAUAAUAGUAUAAAAAUUUGGUAGAAGAGCUGUGAAGAUAUACGAAUGCAGCCUGCCUGAUGUUCCCAUGUCUACAUUUUGACAAUUUCUAUGUUUUAUACUUACAAAGAUUUCAACAAUAAAAUGAAGAAGCAUAUAAGUCUCAGGGUCACAGCAUACUGAGACACUAAUAAAAUUAAUUAUAGACCUACUGCAAUGCUACAGUGAAUACAUAUAACUAAACAGUGCAAUUAAAACAUAAAUAAUACACAUAUAUUUCAGCUUAAACAUUAAUCAACAUUAUUUCUGAUUAUUUUUAUAAUUUCCGCUGCACCAGUCCCCCCUUUGUGCCUUUUAAGGUGUACCAACAUAUAAAUCCUUCUAAACGGUAUGUUUAUGUUUGCCAGUGGUCAUAGUUACAACUGAUUUCUUGGAACAAGCAUAUAACAAUUUAACAAACUCAAUACAUACAAUGAUAAUCUGGGAAAAUAUAAUUAAUAGUUGAAUGAUUGAUUAAAUCAAGCUCCAAAGACUUCCAAACGAUCCUGAAAACGCUGUCUAAACCAAAGCCAUAUAUGCCAUGUUCUUUACUGGCAUGGACAGCAUUAGAUAGCAAAGACACUGAGCCUUCAGUAUGGCAGGAAGGAAUAGAGAAAAACAAAAAUAGCUGAAAUGUUCAUGUUAUUACUAUCUACUUGAAUCAAUUUAAAUAACACAAUUAUUCUUUGGUUACGCUUGUUUCUUGAUUGUAGCAUUCUACUUUUACUUCACUCACUUCAGCAUAGUCAUCUACUUCUGUCCAGUUUUACUCUUUAUGAGUCUUUUUACUUUACUCUUUACUGGCUCUUGCUGUUGUUAAUCCUGAUGUUAUCACACGGUCAGAUUGCCAUCUUCCACAUCACCAACAGCCAGUCAAGGCUGAGGGUACCUGGUCAGGCUGGAUUUUGGAGUUGUUAGGGAACUGUC